AUGGGCUCAGCUCCCGGGGCGAGCUGUGGCGUGCCGAGCGCAGCUGAGCUCGUUUCGGACGGGCCUGAGCGCGCCGAGCGGAGGCUGCGUGAUCUGAGAAUAUCGCAGGGCACCGGGCGAGCCGCGCUGAGCGGCGCCCUGGACCUCAGCGCGGCUCUAGUGCGCACGGCUUGGGAAACCUUGGCUCCGGCUACCGCCACGGGGCGCGCGGACAGCCACGCGUGCGCCGAGCCCACGGAGCGUAGCGAAGACAACGAGCCCUGGACGUCGGCCGGCCAGCUCGUGGAGGCAGCGUGCGCCGUUCAGCCGUGGGAAAGCGAGCUGGGCGCGUGGGAGGUGCUUGGACUGCGACUCGCGGUGUGUCUGGUCGCGACGAGCGGGUGUCCGUUGGAGAAUGUGGACGUCCCGCGCUGCUUCGUGGUCGGGGUGGACAAGGACCCGGAUAUACGGAAGGAGGCGCAGGAGGUCUACCACCGUAGCUUGCUCAUGGCCGCGGACUCCGGCGCGCUGCACCCCCGCAGACUCGCGCACCUCCUCGACCGCGACACCAUCACUCCAGCCCUCGACAGUGCUGACCCUGCCGCCGUUCAGCGCUUCACUCGCCGCUGUCUCGCAGCGCCGCCGGAGCGCGUGGACCUCGCGGGCGCGCUCGCGCUCGCGGCCCGGGCGGGCAGCUUGCGCGCCGCCGCGGCGGCGCUGAUCGAGCCCGGCAGCAGCGGUCAGCACAGCACUCCCGACGACGGCGACGAGAGCAACAACAAGAAGAGAGGGGUUCUGAGGGCGCUGUUGCCGGCGGUUCUGGGCAGCGGGAGCGCGAGCGGCGCGGGCGCGGCCACGGACGGCGACGCGCUCGCGUGCCUGCGUCUCGCCGCCCCGCUGGUCGACGGCGAGGCGGGGUGUCUUCGAACCCCCCCCGGGGUGUUGCUGGACGGGGCGCAGAUCGGGCGGGCGUUCGAGCUCGUCGUGCCGCGCGUGUUCGGCGCGGCGAUGCAGGCCGGGGGGCGGAAGAGCAGGAGCCGGCAGGGAUUGAUGCAUGGGUCUGACGCGACAGUGGUGGAUGUUUUGGCGGACCUGUUCUGGCUGCAAGCGGCGUGGAGUGCGGGUCCAGGGCGUGGAGCGGGAUCGGAGGAAACAGAGCGAGUGACGCGGGGGGCGGUGCUGGCCGGGGCGGCGUUUCUGUGCACGUUGAGGGCUGCGGAUUUAGACUCGGAGUUGUUUCACGAAAGACUCGGGGAUUCCUAUACAUUCGAGGUAGUGGUCAGCGCGGCGCAGCAGGCGAUUCGCGGCUGCGUGGCCCCGGACGCGGCUCCCGCAGCCGCACCUCCCGCGCGCGAGACUCCCGACGCCGCCGCCGCGAUGCAGCGCGCCUGUGCGCGCCUGCAGCGCGCCAGCGUCGCCGCCGUCGCGUCCUGCUUCGAACACGUCGACGUGGACCGCGUCGCGCGCGCCACGGGGCUCCUGCAGCUCGGCCAGGCGGCGUUCCACGCGAUGGUCACCGCGGCCGGCGACGCUGUGCCGUCCGGGAUGCUCGCGGGCGGCAAGGAUGACGCUCGCGCGAUGCUGGCGGCCGCGUGCCUGAACCUGCACGCGCGGCGCGACGACGGGGGCGCAGGCGGCGAUGCGCAGUCCAGGCCGCGGAGCGACGCGCACGGGUACCGGUCCGAUCUGCUGCGCAUCGCAGGCCUGUGCCGCGCCCGUCACACCGCACACGAGCCGUCACGGGACUCGCCGUGGCAGCUGAUCGACGCAAGGGCCGUGCAGUGCCUCUUUGACAUGCUACCGCAUAUAGAUAUAUCAACAGUGGGGAGCGCGAAGGAAAGUAGUACCACGUCGCCUCUGGAGGCGCACAGGGACCUGCUGCCGCCGCGCAUGCGGCCUGCGCUGUGCAGGGCGCUCGCGUGCCUCGCAGCGGUCGCGAUGGCGCGGAGCGCGUCUGCGAAACACCCCCCCCUGACAGCGCUGGCGCGCACCGGCCUGCGCAGCCUCUCGGCGCACCUGGAAGCGCUGUGCGGGCUGACGCACGCGCGGUGCGAGGCAGCCAUGCCGCGCGACGUCCGUCAGGCCGAGGUCCUGCUUACGAGCGCCCUCCGGGAGCUGCGAGCGUGCGACGCGUCGAACGUGCGUCGUGACGCGGCGGACGACUCGGACUCGGACGGCAUCCUCGCGCUGACGGCGGCUCUCGUUGCGGCCGUGGCGUGCGCGGCCGGCCGCGGCGGAGCGUGGCACGGCAUCCGCGACGGCCUGACGCAGGCUUUUUCAUACAUAAAGACACCCCCCCCGCCCUGCGCGACGACGGUUGGCGCGAGCGCGCGCAUCAGCGACCUCGCGGCUGCGCUCGGACAGCCGCACGUCGACACUGCGGCCCCGGAACCGAUCCCUGCGGCGCACGCGGCGUCACUUGCAGCUGCGCUCUCCGUCGUGACGGCCAAGGCGGGGGCGCCGCACGCAGGGGCGCACUCGGCGCUGCGGAGCCUCCACACCGCGCUGUCGCGGAUCUGCGCCGCCAUGCACCGCGAUCACAACGCGACAGGCAAGAACAGUGACGCCAGGGAGAGCGCUGGUGACGAUGCUGACGAUGCGAGCAACGCUGAAGAGAGAGACGCGGCCGAGGAGGAUGCUGACGUGGUUGCCACGUGUCCCCUGGCUGGGUACCUGUCCGGGGCGCUGGCGGGCGCGAGGGCGGCGCGGGGCGCGCGUGGCGGCGGCGGUGCGGAGGAGGGCGGCGAUGGGCGGCGGCGGGAGAGUGGUGGCGGAGCACGCGAGGAGGGGCGGAAAGAGAAGGCGCGGCGGAGGGCGCGGCGGCGGUCGGCGAACCCGUUCGUGGACGCGGCGUUGAACGAGGGCGGUAGCGACGCGGACGAUUACGCAGAUCUCGACGACUUCAUCGUGUGCAAGCCCGGGCGCGACUACGAGACGUUCCGCAAGCCGUAG